UGAAUGCUAACCCUAAAUUGACCAAUAGAUACCUCGAGAAAAUACAACAAAAUGGAGAGGGAACCAAAUAUUGCAUUUGCCCUCUUGUUUUUGUUGAGGGGACAAGUUUUUAGUUGGCAAGUAGUUGCAAGGCAAGGGGGUGGUGAAAGAAGGGGUUGGUGCAAGUAAAGUAAGGAGAGGGUAGGGCCUAAAGUGUAACAAUGACCAACUCCGAUCUAUUCCCAUCCUUCCUUCUCACAUUUGUUUAGACUGUGGGAACCAUCAGAAGUUUAUUUAUCAAGGGCAAAGAAGCAUCGAUUCUUAUUCAGAUCUCAUUAACAUUUGCUCUCUCUCUCUCUCUCUCUCUCUCUCUACGCGCACACUAGUGUAGAAGAAUGGACGUCAGAAUGGAAAUGAAUAUUCACCAACAGAAUGGAGAACAAGAGAUGAAUGGUUAUCAUGGGAAAAGGCUAAAGGGCAAGGUGGCCAUCAUAACUGGUGGGGCCCGGGGCAUCGGCGCCGCUGCAGCACGCCUCUUUGCCCUCCACGGGGCCCACGUCACCGUGGCCGACAUCCUUGACGACGAGGGCCCUGCCCUCUGCACCAAGAUAGGAGCCCGCUACAUGCACUGUGACGUAUCCCUUGAGUCUGACGUUGCGGCUACAGUCAGAUCCACCGUUGCCCAGCAUGGCUGCCUUGACAUCAUGUUUAACAACGCUGGCAUAGCCGGCCAGCUUGGAAGCAUCACACACCUCAACUCAAAGCUCAUGCAAAACCUCCUCUCUGUAAACCUAUGUGGACCUGUAUAUGGUAUAAAGCAUGCUGCUCAAGCCAUGAUAAAGGGAAGGGUUCAGGGCUCGAUUGUCUGCACUGCAAGCUCGGCUGCCCUCAUGGGUGGGCUCGGCUCACAUGCCUACACUAUGUCAAAAGAAGCAGUGGUUGGCAUAGUUAGGAGUGCUGCUUGUGAGCUAGGGGUGCAUGGCAUCAGAGUGAAUUGUGUGUCUCCUCAUGGUGUGGCCUCUGAUAUGCUUGUUGGGGCAUACAGAGAGAUUUUGGGCAGAGAGGAUUUGGGGGCAGAGGCGGUUGAUAGGGUGGUGGCAGAGUCUGGAAGUUUGUUGAAGGGCAGAAGUGCAACUCCUGAGGAUGUGGCAAAUGCUGCAUUGUUUUUGGCGAGUGACGAGUCCGGGUUUGUGACAGGGCAUAACUUGGUGGUGGAUGGGGGGUUCACCUCCGCUUGCAACACUAUGAGCUUCAUCUACCAGUGAAAGUGUACAAGAUUAGAGAGUAGAGAGUAGAGAGUAUAGCGUACACAUGAUGAUGUGUGGUGUAUCAUACACAGGUGGAGCAUCCAGUGCCUGUUCUCCAGAUGGACCGUCGAAAUGAGCUGCGAGAUAAAUAUCAUGGAUAUUGGGGUGGUACUAGGGUUCAAAUUCAUGUGUUGAGAAUGGAUGGUGGCUAAACUCGAUUAGACAUCAUAUGUAUGUCAUACCUGCUCUUCUUGAAAUAAUAAAACCGCUACGCCAUUU